UCGGCCGCGGUGACAUCACCGCAUUCCCCGCUCCCGGCUCCUCCCGCCGCCGCGCCAGCAGCCGCAGUGAGAGGCGCGCUGGGCCCGGUGGUGGCGGAGAGGAAGUGGCCGAGCCGCCGCCGCGCCGACCCGUCCGCGCCGAGGCCGGUCCCGCGGCGGCUCGGGUGACAGCGCCAGGCACGGUCGCAGCAGACAGCGGCGAAGAUGGCUGAUGAUUUCGGCUUCUUCUCGUCGUCCGAGAGCGGGGCUGCCGAGGAGGACCCGGCGGCUGCCUUCCUGGCCCAGCAGGAGAGCGAGAUCGCGGGCAUAGAGAAUGACGAGGGCUUCUCCGCACCUGCCGCCGGCCUGGGGGCCUCGGCACCGCCGGCGCCCGCGAGUGGCGCUGGUCCUGAGGACAUGGGGGCCACAGUCAAUGGCGAUGUGUUUCAGGAGGCUAAUGGACCUGCUGAUGGCUAUGCUGCCAUUGCCCAGGCUGACAGGCUGACCCAGGAGCCUGAGAGCAUUCGCAAGUGGAGGGAGGAGCAGAAGAAACGGCUGCAAGAGCUGGAUGCCGCCUCCAAGGUGACGGAACAGGAGUGGCGGGAGAAGGCCAAGAAGGACCUGGAAGAGUGGAACCAGCGCCAGAGCGAACAAGUGGAGAAGAACAAGAUCAACAACCGGGCAUCCGAGGAAGCUUUUGUGAAGGAAUCCAAGGAAGAGACUCCAGGCACGGAGUGGGAGAAGGUGGCCCAGCUGUGCGAUUUCAACCCCAAGAGCAGCAAGCAGUGCAAGGACGUGUCCCGCCUGCGUUCGGUGCUUAUGUCCUUGAAGCAGACCCCGCUGUCCCGCUAGGUGCCUGCCGUCCGCAUGGCCACGCAGCAUGGGCUGGGCUCGGGCAGAGGGGCAGCAGCUGCUCCGGCCAGGAAGGAGGCGUUCUCCAGCGGCUGCCACACAGCCUAUCCUGUCCCUCCCCAUCUGCGGGGGGCACGGGCUGGGAAGGAAGCCCCUCACUCCUUGUGCCCCCCUCUCCCUCCUGGCCCCCCGGUCCAGUCCCUCACACCUCCUCUCGGUCUGCUCAGUUGUGACUGUCCCACCUGAUGUAUUUUUUUUUUCUUGGCUUAAAGGGUGUGUUGUUAACUCUUUUUACACUUAUUUAUUAUCAUCCUCAUUUCUCUGGAAGC